AUCUUAGUAGUCUCUGAAAUAACUGUCAGAUUAUUAAAAUCAUUCAACGAGAACACUUAGUAUUCACUCAACUUACGGUCUGCGUACAAUACUUACACAUUUUCUACAUUUCCAACGCAGAGACGCAAACUCUGAAGAAAUUCGAUAUAUUUUAUUUUCUGAAUCACUUCGAUUUGAUAACUUAUCCAAAAUGCCUGGACAAUACACAAACCGCAAGCACACCCGUUCGAUUAUGGUGAUUCUCCGCUUCCUGUGGGCCUUUUGGUAUCUCUGGGCAAUGAUGCACGCGGCUGCCAUCGUGCCGAUACCAUUUGAGGAAUGGGAUAUAAAUUUGUGGAGCAAGAAACUGAAAUAUGUAUUGACCUACAAGAGCCUGUUCGAAUUCAAAAUGAAGAUUGAGAUGUGCGUCCACAGUAUGGUAAUCGUGCUGUUGUUCAGUCUGUACCGCUGCUGCCAAUGCAGCUUCAUUGGGGCCCGAUUUUUGGAGGCAGGAAUGAAGAAACCCAGUGAUAAGUAUUAUCUAAUGGCCUUUUCUACGCCAUACUGCUUCGCCUUUAUCGGCACCUGGAUUUAUAGCACCAUGAUGACAGUAUGGGCCAUUAUACUCGUGGUGAAGGGAGAUGAGAGUGAAACAACCUAUAUUUUGAUCUGCCAAUUGGUCAUAGCCCUGAUUUUCAAGCUCAUGGUAUUGGCCAAUGUCCUCUCGGUGAUUCUGCGCAUUUGUGGCUACAUAAUGAUAUUCGAGAAGGAUUCGACCGUGGGUCAGCUCAACUACAACAAUUUCGGCGAUCAUCUGAAUUUAUUCUUUCGCGUUUGAGAAACUUUUACUUUAUGGCAAAAUAAAUAUGAAUUUAAGGCUUUCCUUUGCUUGAAGUAAGCCAAUAAUACCAA